UUUGCACCGUGCGACUCUUCCUGGCGGGUUACCGACCACGUCGACCUGCGCUACUUCCCAAACCCUCACUCACAGGUUGGCUUCGACUUUAUUUGUGACCCUGUCCUCCGACGAUCUUCUCGUAUGACCAAGCUUUGACCACAUCACCAUGCCCUCCACCAAAGCCAUCUCGACCGACAAGUCUCGAGCAUACAGCAACUCGGGCUCGUUCAACUUGACCGUCCUCAUUUCCGGUUCGGGCACGAAUCUUCAAGCCCUGAUCGAUGCCUGCGGUCAAACACCUCCGUCAAAAACGAAACCUCCACCGAAACGCCUCCUACCUCAAGCAGAGAUCACACAUGUCAUCUGCAAUCGAAAGGACGCCUACGGGCUGACGCGCGCUCGAGACGCCAACAUUGCAACCACAUACCAUAACCUCGUAUCCUACAGGAGCAAAUACCCCAAGACGGACAUUGGCGUCGAAGAAGCGCGGAAACAAUAUGACGCAGAUCUCGCUCAAACAAUCCUCACCCACAUCCCAUCUCCCGAUCUGGUUGUCUGUGCCGGCUGGAUGCAUAUUCUGUCUCCUGUCUUCAUCAAAGCCCUGACCGCCGCCAAUGUCCCCAUAAUCAACCUGCAUCCUGCACUGCCAAAACAAUUCAAUGGCGCGGACGCUAUCGGUCGUGCAUACAAGGCGUUUCAACGAGGAGAAAUCACCCACACAGGAGUCAUGGUUCACCAGGUCGUGGCAGAAGUAGACAUGGGCGAACCAGUACUUGUGAGAGAAGUCGAAUGCAGGGCCGGCGAGUCACAAGAAGACCUCGAAAGGAGAAUACACGAGACGGAAUGGAGACUGCUCGUCGAGGCAACAGGAGAAGUGCUAAACGAACUAGAGGAGAAGAGACGGUCGGAACACUGAGACACUCAGGAAUGUUUACGUGUAGGCUGUCUGUUGGGAGGUCGAAGACUUGGGAAGAUGCGAAGACAGCCGGCGGACAAAGUCAUUCCAUUUACUGUAGCAAGGCGUUUGUGGCAAGCUUUGGAUAGCGACCUAG